GAAUUUGAAGUGAAGCGGCCGCAUUGUUCGAGAGGCUCCUUGCCCUUACGCUUUGACAGGAGCUGCUGUUUACACGGGCUUUUCAUUCCUGCGCUGUUUGCUUAUGGAAAAUAAGGGGGAGUGACAGAAAAAAAAAAAAGAGAGAAGGGAGAGGAGAAGAGAAGAGAGAGGCCCAGAUCGCAGUGCAAUCCAGGAACCUUGCCCCUGCCUGAUAAUUAACUCUGCUAGUGAAGGCGGCUGGCUCUGGCUCCCCGGCUUGUCACUGGCAUGUGAGCGGGCAGGGGCUCCUGCCGCGCUGCCGGCCCCCUUCCAGCCCCGCGAGCGGCUGUUCCUACAUUUCCUCGCCUAUAUACACAUACGCACACCCUCAGCUCGCCUCUGCGCUGACUGCAGACAUGAGACUCCAACUACUCCUUUGGACCGUGUUUUUGCUCCUGGCGAGCCUCCUCCCAGCCUCCGGACAGCGGCCAGCCAACCUGGCCCUGCGCAGGAAGCUCCACCGGCACGGCUGCUCCCACCGGCGCUGCAUGCCGCUCCACUCUAGGGUGCCCUUCCCCUGAACCCCCGCCACAGCCUGCCCAGCAAUUUCAUAAUGGACUUUUCAGUGUUUUAAAGGAGCAACAGUUAAACAGAUAGAGAAUUUAAAUUAGUCAUAAGUCCAGAUCGACAACAGCUGACCUGGCAGCCCCCACAGUUCCAUCUUCAGCAAUCCUGUCUGUCACAUUCUGCCGGACCUGGAAGGGGUGGGGGAAGGGUGGUGAUGGAGGAUGUACAUGAAACUUACCGGGUUGAAUCAUUCGAUGUAAAUUCCUUGACUCUCCUAAUGACUAGUGAAAGUUAAAGACCAAGUCAAACUCAAACCUGAGCUGGGGUUCCAGUGGCAUUAAGAAGGAAGGAUCCAUCCAAGGGGACUCAUAAUGGUAUGUAAUGUUCAGACUGAAUGAAACUGGAUGUGCUGUUAACUACUCAAUUCAGCCUGUAUAUAGGGCAGUAUUUAGAGUGAAAUCAUGUCAGACUCCAGCACAGAACUGUGUCCACUUUUGGUUUAUACUUUUAUAUAUUAAUAAUAUAUACAUAUGUGUUUUAACGCCUAACAUUACAUCUUUAUGGAAUUACCUUAAUAAUAACAUAGAAUGUGUUACUGUAAUAGUACCAAAGUCAGCAGGUCCUACUGGCUUCACAUAGAGUAAGCAUAGUGAGAGUUUACAAUAUAAGAAAGCAAAGAGACUAUUAUUCCUCAUUCUGUACAUAGAGAAUUGAAGCACACAAAGAUAAGAGACUAGCCAAGGGUCAUGCAAAACUGAUAACUCAGAUCUCCUAAGUCAGGCCUUAAGGUCAAGCCCAUCCUCCUGUCUAAUGAGCUGUUACUGCAAAGCCUAUCAUUUGUUCUCUUAAACUGGGCUGCCAAACCAGACAGUUAAAACCGUACUACAGAGCUGUUUGCUUAGUAGUUUUCCUAAAAUACCCACUGCAGUAUUAUAAAUAGAGAAUAAAAAUAGACCAUUGAAAAGAAACCUUUGUUUGAUCAAGUGUUGUGUAGUACUCUAUUCCUGUAAUUUAAAUGAAUGGGAUAUUUGAACAUGGCACUACAAUGAAUGAGAAUUUCAGACACAAAACAGGCUGUUCUUUUCAGCACUGUAGGUCAACAAGACAUUUAACUUUUGAGUUUUGUUCUUAAAAAUACAUGUUUCACAUCUCCUUUUUAUAUCAGCAGAAAUUACAUACCUAUAUAUAAAAGAAAAUGUAGUAGCCCUUUCAUUAGCACAACUAAAACAAACCUUAAAAUACAACAUAUAUCCAGAUUUUUAAGUCAUUGCACUAGACUUGAAAUGUCAUUAUUUUUUUUUAAAAUGUAUAAAGAUGAGCAAAGAUCAAUACUGUCAUGGUUUAAAUCCAGUAUUAAAAUUUUCUUCUUGCAACACAUAAUUUCUAAUAAAUGAAAGAACAGCAAUCAAGAAAAUUGGAUAGUUGAAACUUCAUAAUCAGUGUCUAUAUGUAAUCCCUUAUCUCUAAGAACUUGAAAACGUAAUUGAAUUCAUACUCCCAGAACUUAAUAGGAGUUUCAAAUUUCUCUGCAUACAGAAAAAACCAAAAACAUUAACAUCACACCCUAUUCAGGAGUUGUGGAAAA